AGGAGGCGGGGCCAUGAUCGACCUGAGCCACCUAACGGAGGAGGAGCAGGGGAAGAUAAUGACGGUGCUGAGGCGGGACACAGAGCUGAAGAAGGCCGAGGAGGAAAGAAUCAGGAAGCUGGAGAAAAUACUGACCAGUGGGUCGCAGUCAGACGGGAAGAUGAAGUACCUGACCGGAGAGUGGUUCUACGAGGCCAAGAGCCGCAGACAUAUGGACAAGAUCCAUGGCUCAGAGAUCAUCCUGGCCUCCAUGAAACAGAAGAGAGACGGGUCUGUCAGAUUGGAAAAAUCCAAAACACCCAGCAUUCGAGGUUCCGUCGUCGCUCCACCUAAACCCAUCAGGCAUUUGGAGGCGCUGCAGCCACAGGCCAUAAAUGAUGCUGAAAAGGAGAAUCUAAAUUCGGCCGUCCACUCCCCAAGAACGCCAAGGCACAACCCUUUCAACUGUACGUCUCUUAUCGUUAUUCAGCCACCUGAAAAUAAUAAUGACAUGUCGAGCAGUCGGGACCAGGACUUAUCUGAGACAGAGCUCUUAUCUACUCGGAAGAGUCGCCCUGGGGACGAGGCCAGUCCGACUUCAGGGGGCUCCAUCAUAUCAGAGAGCUCCUCUGCAGGUUUCAAACCGGUGCCAAAGAAGAGGACGUUUCUCUCGAGACGUUCCUGCGGCCAGUCAGAGAGCAAUGGCCCUGGCAUAGAUGCUCAGGGAGGGACUUCUGGGAUAGUUCCUGCUCCAAGACUAAGCCUCCAACGUGGCUCCAGUGGGAGCUCGAACCAGUCGUAUCUGAAGAGCCAAGAGGAAAUGCCUCAGAUAAGUGCAGUUCCAGUGUUUAACCAGGUGUCUCAGCCAUCCAGCUCUGCAGAUGAAUCUUCCCAGCAGCCACUGAGUCAGGUUUCCUCGAAUUCCAGCCUAGAGAGAGAGAAACGCCCACCCUCAAUAACCAGAGACAGACUGGCCACAUUCAUCAGAGGUGAUGUUGUUCCUGAGAGAGAAACCCGACAGAGGAGCGAUGACGGAGACCAUCUGACCCGUAGAGAACUUGGAAAUACUGUCGUCCUGCACACCAGCCGCACUCAGGGCUCGGACAGAGAAAUCAACAGCAGCGAGGGAACGAGGCUGGAGGAGCUGAGUUUGACCCGAAGUGUUUUGGAUCCAGAGCCUCCUAUAUCUUAUGAUCUUAACUUUAUCGAUAAAUCUGAUCAGCAAACACAAAAGAAAUCCGAUCAGACACACACGUUCAGGUUAUCCACUCAGGCAACCAGUCCCACCAGCGAUGAGGACUCCAUUGCAAAGGUGCUGGAAUGGUUCAGCCGCAGCGUCGACAGCAGCGAUUUGCUGAGUACAGACGAGGGCACAGAGGCCACAAAGAGCUCAGACAAACAUAUUAAAAAAAACAAAUUAAGAAGUGAAGAUACAAAAGAGAAAAAGAAGGAGGAUUUUGAAACGAAGAGAGGUCACCUACAAAGGCAGAUUAAUGAAGUGUUUAGAGCCCCAGACCGAGCAGGCAAGAAGGAGUUGAGUGAAACACAAGAGGAGGUAGAGAGGGACACCAGGGAAAGAAUGCGGUCACAGGAAGUGAAACAUAAUGACGAUGAAAGCCAACCACUAAAAAUCUCUCAUCUGAAGUCAUUCUGGGAGAAAAGCAACAUGGGCCCAAAAAUACUUAUCAGGAAUUCAAUCACGCCCAGCGACAAAGGACAAGAACUUAUUUAUCUCUCAGAGGAGAAAGAGGAGGAGAACGUGAACAAACCCCACAUGGUGUCCGACACGCCAUCUGCUCCUGGGAUAUACAACGGGAGGGGGAUUUAUGCCUCGAAGCGUGGGGACGAGAGAGAACAGAAAGAUGUCACAGACAAUGUUCUCUUGAAUAAUAAACAGCAGGACCAUACUUUAUCUCAAAAGAAUAAUAAUGACCCAACAUGUAACUCAGAUUAUUUUAAGUUACUAUCCAGCCCCCAAGCAGCUGACAGAGGAGGCUCAGACACUGAGAUUUUAACUCGACUGAGUCUGCAGCCUAGGCUAGAGUCUGAGAGCAUCUCUUCAUUCAAACUAAAUUCACAGCCCGACAGUUUUUUCCAAUCAAGAGAGACCCCUCUGCAGGAAGAGCUGUUGAAACCAGACUACAAGCAAGAGGCUCGAGUGAAGAAGUGA